GUCUAAUGUCGAGCUCGGCUCCACUUUGCCCGCCUCUCCUCUGCUCUGCUCUCUGCGUGGCCAUGGCCAGACCUCAGCUGCCAUGGACCUUCUUCUUCUUCUUCUGGAAGCCUUUUCACACGCAGGCCCGAGUGUCCUACAUGCACAUGAAGUACCUGUUCUUCUCCUGGCUGGUGGUCUUUGUGGGCAGCUGGGUGGUCUACGUGGAGUACUCCUCCUACACGGAGCUGUGCCGGGGACACCAGUGCACUAAGUCCAUGCAUGCUUCCUGUCUCCAGUGCAGCAAGUACAGGAAAGGUGUGGUGGACGGCUCAGCCUGCAGCAGCCUGUGUGAGAAGGACACCUUGUACCUGGCCAGGUGUCUCUCCACUCAGGCCGACAACCAGGUGUACUCGGGCACCUGGGGAGACUUGGAGGGGCUCAUCAAGUGCCAGAUGGACGAGGCUCCUCGUUACGAUUUGGGAAGCGACACGGAGCCCAGGAAGGAAGCCGCCGCCUUCGACAAGCCCACCAAAGGAACAUCGGUGGAGAGGUUCCGGGAGAUGGUCCUCACCCACCUAAAGGCCAAAGUGGGCGGCGAGCAGGCCAACCUGGGCGAGCUGGCCAGGCGGGCCUUGGCGGCGGCCGACGCCAACAGGGACGGCCACAUCUCGCUGGCCGAGGCGCGGUCCUCCUGGGCGUUGCUGCAGCUCAACGAGUUCCUGCUGGCACUGGCCCUGCAGGACCGGGGCCACAUGCCCAAGGUGCUGGGCUUCUGUGGAGACCUGUACAUGAUGGAGAAGGUGCCUCACGCUCCCCUCUACGGCCUGCCCUGGGUCCUGGAGGUGUGGAUGCCGGCGGGUGUGCGGCGCAGUCUGGACCAGUGGUUCACGCCGGCCUGGCCGCACAGGGCCAAGAUCUCCAUGGGGCUGCUGGAGCUGGUGGAAGACCUUUUCCACGGCACUUUCGGCAGCUUCCUCAUGUGCGACCUGAGCGCCGCCAGCUUCGGCUACACCAAGCGCCACGACCUGAAGGUGGUGGACGCGCAGUACGUGGUCCCCGAAGCCGCCUUCCAGGAGGCCAUCAGGCAGCAGCGGUGCGACGCCGAUGGCGACUGCCUCUACGGCGUGGACUGCCUCACUUCCUGUGACCUCACCAAGCACCGCUGCACCACUGAGGUCACCAAGCCCAACUUGGCCAAAGCCUGCCACACCCUCAAGGACUACGUCCUGCGGGGGGCGCCGCCCGACAUCCGCCAGGAGCUGGAGAAGCAGCUGUACGCCUGCAUGGCGCUCCGAGGCUUGGCCGAGCACACGGAGAUCGAACACUCACUGGUCCUCAACAACCUCAAGACGCUACUUUGGAAGAAGAUCUCCCACACCAAAGACUCCUAACCAGAUCCCACACUUUCCUGGGUUGGGGUUGUACCUUUCAGACAUGAUAUGGUGAGUAGAAACAGAACUUACAGCUGCCGCUCACAGGCCAUCAAAGCAGGACAUGUUUCAGUGUUUUCCAUAAAUUUAUUAGAACAAAAUUUCUGCAAAGGAGCAGAGCGAGUCCUCACUCCGCUUCCUCCUUCUGCUGAGCCCGCAGGAAGCUGGCCUUCUUCUGGGCCACGCGGUCUUUCCUCUGGGCCAGAGACAGCUUGGCACGGUUCCACCUGUGUCACAAAAACACAUCAGCAUCAGGAGGAACAUCAAAAGUGCUUUUCUUUUUUAGGACGUGUGUGUGUGUGUGUGUGUGUGUGUGUGUGUGUGUGUGUGUGUGUGUGUGUGUGUGUGUGUGUGUGUGUGUGUGUGUGUGUGUGUGUGUGUGUGUGUGUGUGUGUGUGUAAGCCUGGGCCGAUACAUUUCACUGCACGAUAUAUUGACCUAUUAAUACUAUUGCCGAUGACAUUUUUUGUGAGCAAAUUAACCAGUGAUGUAAUGAAAAUGUAUAAUAAUGCAAGUAUACCAUUCAAAUAACUCAUUUCUCAUAUAUUUUAACAUUGGAAUUAAAAUGCAAACUUUUAAUUACCAAGGUAAAUACAACAAAAAAUACUGCAAGCAAAAUAAUCACAAGCAAAAAGCAAUAAAAGGUGUUAAAUGGGGUGGGGGAGCCUGAAAUAUACACAAGCAAAACUUAAUCAUCACGUAAUGGUUUUGUUGAACGUACUACAAUGUUAUUAACCAGGUUGUUUUUUUAAUAACUACAAUGAAUAUACACAAUAGACUUACUUGGCAGAGGUAACAUGAAAUAUUGAUAAGAGCCAUAUUAUUAUUGUGUGUGUGUUUAAGUAUGUUUAUUUUGUAUUUUUAGUUGUAAAGGGUGAUCAGUUUAAUUUCCAGUUUGUGACGUCAGGUGAGUCACUUCCUGUUGACAGGACUUAUUCAUGCUGGUAACUUCAGACUUCAUGCUCAUUUACACUCACUUAAUUGACUUAAUAAUAAUAAUAAUGGAUUAGAUUUUAUAUCCUGCUUUUCUAUUAGAUACUCAAAGCACUUCACAGAGAAGUGACAACCCAUCAUUCAUUCACACCUGGUGGUGGUAAGCUACAUUUAUAGCCACAGCUGCCCUGAGGUAGACUGACAGAAGCGAGGCUGCCAGUUUGCACCUA